CAACCCCGGAGAACAUCUUCACUUGAUCGUCACAUCAUAAAUCAUCUGCAAUCGAUGGGAAAAGUGAAUGAUUGAGUAAUUCUAACAAGCUUUAUAUUGAAGGGAGAGGGCAGAGGCUGCACAAAGGGGAUCAUUGUUGCUUGCAGAUGCCCGUCAGUGGUGCAGUCGCCCUUUGAAGGCUCUCCAAUCGCAGCGCAUAGCGCGACCGGGGGAGGGCGGGGUUUGUCCCCCCCCCCACCUCCCCUCCUCUUCCAUCGCUGCUCCAAGCCCCGCUUUGGCACCGUGUCCCAUUGACUAGACGGCGACAAACCAAGCAACACAUUCCACAUUGUCUCUCAACUCAACAGACCCUCAGAGUGGACCGGCGAUGAGAGGGGGCUCGGAUAUUCUGGACUUUAGAAACUAAGUGAUGCGCACCUCCAGGACCAGGAGGUCACAGUUUGGACAGGUAUGAGACCUGUGGCGCUCAUGGAUGAAGGACCAGCAGAUGUUUAGAUGAUCCCAGUCUGGAUGUAGCUCCAUAAUCCACUUCCAUACAACCUGCAGGCCUGGACCAGCUCAGCUCCACAUGGAUGGAUCCCGCUGUGGGAGCUGUACUCAUGGAAUACAAAGCUCAUGCUGGUGAGCAUGCCUGCCUGUCCGAGUCCACUCCUCUCCGGGAGCUUCCCCACUGCCCUCUCCUCCUGACACUGCCUCUCUACUCGGACAUCCCCUGGUCGCUUCGAGCCCCCUCGCCAUGAGGGCGACUGCUCGGUGAUUCGGUGCGCCUGCACGGAUCGGAGACCCCCUUUUUUGGCUCAUCUUUUGUUGGCUACACACAGGAUUUAUCUGCACUGUGGGCUUCCUUUGUGUCAAAGGGCUUAACGCAGAGUGCGCGGACGGCAACAGAGCGGGGGCUUUGCUUCACCCGCUGUUGCGCCCAGCUGCUCUCUUUGGGGCCGGGCCGUGAUGGCAGCCGGCCGGCCGGAGGCGCAGGACCACCCGCCCGAGAACGGUUUCACCCCGCUGGAGCACCCAGUACCCCGGCUGCUACCGCACAUCGACGGCUCGGUUCUGCCGUCUCUCGGGGGUUUCGGGAAACAUCAGAAGCAGCUCGUGGUGCUGACCUGGAUACCGGCAUUGUUCAUCGGCUUUAGUCAGUUUUCGGAUUAUUUCCUCCUGGCGCAGCCCAAUGGCACGUGCGUGCAGCCCCUGGCUAACGAGAGUAACUGGACCGUGGCAUCCCCGCCGGUGACCGUCACCAGUGGGGCGCCCGCGCUCCAACUCAAAGGCAACGGCACCGGGGAGGGAUACGGCGACGGCAGCGGUAUGCUGUGCGCCUGCAAGGAGUGGAGGCUGGAGCUGCAGACGGGACUUAGUCAGAAUGUGGUUACCAAGUGGAACCUGGUGUGUGACUCGGCCUGGAAGGUGCACAUUGCCAAGUUCUCUUUGCUGGUGGGCUCCAUAUUUGGCUACCUAGUGAUGGGUGUCAUGGCUGACUGGUUUGGUCGUCACCCAGUGUUGAUUCUCUCAGUGCUGUUCAUGCUGGUGUUUGGUCUGAGUGUUGCCUUCUCUGUAAACGUCACCAUGUUCAGCACCUUGCGCUUCUUUGAGGGUUUCUGCUUGGCGGGCCUCGCUCUCUCCCUCUAUGUGCUCAGGAUCGAGCUUUGUUUGCCAGGCUGGCGCUUCUCCAUGACCAUGGUGGCCAGUUUUUUGAUGGUAGGCGGGCAGCUACUGAUGCCAGGGGUGGCCGCACUGUGCCGCAAUUGGCCGGACCGCGAUGACUGGCAGGUCCUGCAGAUUGUCAUAAUCAGCCCCUUCGUUUUGAUGCUGCCCUACGUUUGGAUUUUUCCCGAGUCGUUGCGCUGGUUGCUGGCCACCCAGCACUACAGGCGGUCCAAAGCCAUGAUGCUGCGUAUAGCCAGAAAGAACCAGGUUGACAUGACAACCGAGCCCAGUGGAGUUCUUGCAGAGCUGGAGCAGGAGCUGCACAAGAAACCCCAGAGGACCUGUAUUGUCAAGAUGAUGAGCACCAGGAACCUGUGGAAAAACAUUGUGGUGCUGUGUGUCAACUCUCUGACAGGUUAUGGGAUCCACCACUGCUUCGCCCGCAGUAUGAUGGACCCUGAGGCCCAGCCCACUGCUUUGUGCCACACGGACUAUUACACUAUGGCUGGCAUCGCCGUGGCAACCUGCCUGGCGCUUUGCCCCAUGGUGGGGUUGAUGGGUCGGCGUGGAGGGCUGCUCACCUUCAUGAUCAUAACAGCUCUGGCGUCACUGCUACAGCUGGGUUUGCUCAACUUAAUUGGGAAGUACAGCCUUCGCCAUGACACAGUUCUGAGAGACACUCUGAACAGGAAGUUCUCAGUAGCCUUCUCCAUCAUUGGCAUGUUCUCGUCUCACGCCGUCAGCACCCUCAGCAUAUUCUUUUGUGCUGAAAUCACUCCGACUGUUAUCAGGGGUGGAGGUCUGGGCCUGGUCCUGGCGAGUGCCGGCUUUGGCAUGCUCACUGCACCCAUCAUGGAGCUCCACAACCAGAAGGGCUACUUCUUGCAUCAUGUGAUCUUCGCCUGCUGCACCCUGCUGUGCAUCAUCUGCCUGCUGCUGCUGCCCGAACCUCGGGGCCAGCCCCUGCCGGAGAGCCUGGCUGACGGAGAGACCUUCACCCGUCAGACCCUGCUCCAUCCCGGAGAGCAGCACCUCCUUCUUGCCAAGACUGACAGGGAUUACUCCCGCGUCCACGACACACCGUUACACCUCUCAGCCACUGGGGGAGCUACAGUGGCAGCAGCCACCGCUCUGGCAGCGGUACCUGCCUCAUACUCCCUGGCGACUGGUGGGGAGGUGAUUGGCAAUCGUGCCAUAGCCAAUGGAGUAUGAGCGUCAUAGCUGUCUACUACUGUGCUAUUAGUUGCAUUAACGUGAAUGAAAGGUCAUUGAACUUGUGACCAAAUAAAAAAAAAAACACUUUUAAGGGAAAAAAGAAUUAUUUGGAUAAACCAGAUGAACUCUUGUCAUGGUUGAAAUGGUGAUGAUAGUAAAUUUGUGUAGUUUGUAGUGACUAUGAUUCAUUCAGGAGUUGCCAAAAAUAUUGUACUGGACUGCGUUUAUCUGAAGUCAGUGUGUGUUGAAUAAUAUGAAAGUCUUCAGUGGUGUUGGUGAUUUCCUUGCACUGCCGUCCGCUCUUUCAUGAAUGAUUCACAGGUUAAAAGAAGCAGACACGGGGCAAGUAAAGAGGCAAAGUAGAGCAGACUUAGCUUUCAAUAAUGAGCGCUCAGUGAGUUUUUUGUUUGUAGUUUUGACUCGUUGAGAGAGGAUUUCACUGCAUCUUAUAAUUCUUUAUAAGUUCUUUUGCACUAAAUGUCAGAGACACAAUCAAGUGUUUGUGAUUUUUAGCCAACACAUUGGAGAUCCAGGGAUUGGCUAAACCACUACCACUCUUUUGCAUGAAAGGGCACAAAUGGUUUUACAUGUAUUUUCUUCUUAUUUGUGGUCCCUCUACUAGAAGUCCAAUGUGGCACUUUAUCCUCAGAGGUGAAGUCAGUGUAGACACUGAUUUUUUUAAAGUAAGCAUUACUGCUGUUGGUGUGGGUGUAUGAUGGUUGUCUGAUGUGACGGAACAGCCGGAGACCUUGGCAGACCGUAUGUGUAGCCUGUAGAGACUGUGGGUAAUGCUAAACAAAUCUGAGAGUUGAACGGACAUUCGUGACCUCGUCGGUGUACUACUGUAUGUCUUAUGAUGCGUCUCAGCAUUUAAAUGGCUUUAUCAUGGUGGCUCUGUUCUUUUAAACGAAACAGAGGAGAUACAAUGUAAUUUAAGAAAACCAGUAUUUAUUUUGUCAUGCUGCCAAGGGCAAUUUUGUUGCUUGAAAUACCUCCUUAACUAGCAAAUAUUCCACUCCCAACUCUCACUCCUUGUUCUCUGUACUGUGGUAAUGUUGUAAUCCUGCUCCUAGGAUGUGUAACUCUAGCCAGAAAGCACAAUAUUUUACAGUUUUUGAAUAAAUAAACAUUUGUGAAAUUAGAAUAGUGCAGCGUAGCCUGCAUAGACCUGGCCUAGUCGUGAUUAGUGUACAUUUAUACACUUUAGUAUGUAAGUGUCCCUUAGGACUGCAUAAAAAUGUAAGGUAUGUGUUCAUGUGCCAUUCAAUGAUAUAAUGUAUGGACCGUCAACCUUACAUUUAUAGGAUAUAAGCACAUUAAAUAGAUAAACCAUCCCAUAAACAAUUUUUGUCAUAAUAUACCAAACAUCUUCCAUUUUUAAAAAUCAUAUUUA